AUGAUAAUAUGUUUUAUAGAACAAACUUUUAUUUACUUCUUAUUUUUUAUCCUGCAACAAAAAAUAUAUUGCUCUUACAAAGAUAGUAAUAUCAAUGAAUUAAUAAAUGUAAUUGGUAAUGUAGAAUUAUAUGAUAAUUUAAUAAAAUUAGAGGGAUUAAUGUUACAAUCUUUAGAAAUGGAUGAAUUAAAACUACCUAUAUUAAAUCCAGAAAUAAAAAUAUAUCUAAAUAUGUCUAAUUUUAAAGUAGUGAGAAUUAUAAGUAAUAAUGAAGAAUAUGAUUAUAUUAUACCUACUUCUAGGUGCAAUACUGAAGAUUUAGUAAAGUUUGAGUAUAUAUUAAAGGAGCAGUUAGUAAGAUCUUACGAUUCUAAAAACUCUAAUUUAGUUAAAAAAAAAAAUUUAAUUGUGAGAUCUUUAAAAAUAAUAAAAUUUAUGCUUGUGCCAAUGAAUUUUUACAAAAAGACAAAAAAAAUAAAAGAAUCUUUAAUAGAAUUAAAUAGUUUAUUUUAUUAUAAAUCCAAAAGAUUAAAUAAGACCUUAAUUUAUCAUAUAAAAUACAAAAACUGGUUAUUUCAAUUUAAUAAAUCAAAUUAUAAAAAUAUUAGAAAGAAAUUGUUUACACAUAUGCCAAUUUAUACUAACUCAGAUAUAAUUGAGCAUAAUGAUUUAUUUUUUACUACUAAUUCAGAUAUUAAUUCAAUGAAAAAGUUAGAUUAUUUAUCAAAUUUUUAUAACCUGGGAAUAUAUAAUUUAAUAGGUUCUCAUUUUAUAGUUUUAGGGCAUUUUAUCGUCCUAAAGUUAGCUCUUAAAUACUUUUUUAGGUAUUUUGAGUUAGGAAGUGUAAAGUUUUAUAGUUGGCAAAAUAUUUUACAAUUUAAUAUAUCAGAUAGAUUUAAAGUACUGGAUUUAUUUUGUAAUAUAAGUGGUAGUUAUGAAGCAAAUAUAAAAAGGAGAAAACAGUAUUUAAAUAGUAAUAUAAUAUCACCAUUAGAAGAAUGUGGAACAUUAGAGUUUUUAAUCAAUUAUUUUAAUGCAUAUCAGAUGGAGUUGUAUGUUUAUGCAAACCAAAUAAAUUUAAAUAUUCAAAUUUUAUUAGAGAAUAAUCAUUUGAAAGAUAAAUUUUUUGAUUUUAUGUGCAAUAAUUAUGAGAAUUGUAAUAUAUAUGAAAGUGAUAAAUUUAAAAAUGAAUAUAAUGAAAUAGUAUUAAAAAAAAAUGAAAAAAAUGAAUUUUUAAAAGGUAUUUAUUCUAAAUCUUAUGGAAUAAAUGCAUUUAACAUAUACAUAAAUUUUCUCUAUUUCAUAAAAUAUUACAGUUAUUAUAAUAAAAAUAAUAUUUUGUAUGUACAUCUUUUAAACCUAAUUGGAAUUUUAAAUGGAGAUAGUAAAGCAUAUGUGAGUUCUAUUUAUCUACCAGGAUAUUAUAAUAUUAUUCAGCUUUCUUUCGAUGAAAAAUCUGAGUUGACAGAACUUUAUGAUAAUCUUCUAAAGUGUGUUGAAACAUGUUACAUGAAAGAUAAAAAUAGAAAAGUACCCAAUGUCAAAGAUUCAAUAUUAAAUUUUAAAAAAUAUGAUUCAGAAAUAUGUAACAUGUGUGAAGGGACACUUUUCUAUAUAAAUGGUCAAAAUGAAAAUAAUAUAACCAUCCUACAAAAAUUUUAUAUUUAUGUUACUAAAGUUUUGAAAAUUAAUAAUAUAAGUUCAUUAAUAAAAAAUAUGAAUAUUUUUGAAGAUUAUAGUAAUUUUUUAAUGCAUGAUGUAAAUUGGUUUACUUUUUUAUUACUGUUUAGACUAACUUCAUACAUGAAUGUUGCUCGUUAUAAUAUAGCAAAUGCCAUGUAUAUAAGCUUACGAAAAGAAGAUAAAUCUAAAAGAACUAUUGUAACAAACUAUUGGUUUCCAUCUCCUAUAAAAAAAUAUUACUCUUUUUAUGUAAGAAAAAAUAAGUCUGUAAAUUUAUUAGAAAAAUUGGAAGAUUUAAUAAAUGCAACUACAAUAGAAAAAAUGAAAACAUGUAUAAAGUUUAUUAUUCAUGUAAAUUCAUUUUUGCAAUUAGAUUUUUUUUAUUACCUAAACGAACCUCCACUUAAACAGCAACAUUCCUAUGCUUUAACAAUGUUAAUUGAACAAAAAUUUAAAGAGUGGUUUCUUAAUUAUUUAAGUGGAUAUUUUUUUUUAAAUUAUGAAGACGAAAAUACAAGAAAAAAUAUGGCUGAAAAAAUAGAAAAAGGAGAAUUUAUAACUCCCAAAUAUAGUAAAUGGACAACCCAUAUGAAAAAGUUUAUUGAAAAAUCUUAUCAAACAUAUUUAAAUCAAAGACAUGUAAAAAAUUUAUUUGAUUAUUAUGAUCAUUAUAACAUAAACAAUAAAAUAAUGUUAAUGAAAGAUUCAUAUGAGCUAUAUUCAAAGAAUUAUGAGAAUAUAAUAUUUUCUGCAGAUAUAAUUGAUUUAAAAAAAAAUGAUUUACUUUCUAACAAGAAGAAAAGGAGGAAUAGAAAUUUUUAUUAUAUACAUUCUAUCUCAGGAAAUUCAGUAAAUUAUCACAAAUUUGGUAUUAUAUAUGGAUAUACAGUAAAUAAAAACUAUUUAAAAGAAAUAGUUGAUGAAUUAUUUGUACUUUAUAAAAUGAAUAAAAAUAUUUUUUCAGAUAUGUCUUUUCUACAAACAGUUUAUUUACUUUUUAGAAAAAUUGAAAACAGUUUUAAUGUACAUAGGAGAAAUGAUAAUGUGAGUAUGAAUAACAUAUUUUUUUUUAAUGUUUCAAAACAUUAUUCUAAAUUAAGUAAAAAGGAUAGAGAAGAAGAAAUAAAUUUAUCUAUG